AGCAAAUGUUGAUCAGCUUCCCUCCAAGACACCGGCUUCCAUAGACACUUCAUAUAAAUGAAAUUAAAAAAGUAUUUAUCAAUUUGAAGUUGUCGUUGUCGUGUUUUAUAAUUUAAAAAAAAAGUGCAGUGUUUAAUUGUGUUUGCGUUGUAAAAAGGAUUCACUUUUUUUAAGAAUUGGGAAACAAUGAAGUCUCUAGUCCUUCUGCUCACGACAUGCUCGUGUUUGGUGUCGAGUAUUCCGCCUCCACAUCCUGAUGUCCUGGCAGUAAGGCAAGAGGAAGAGCGUCUACCUCCUAUACUAAGGAGUCCAGCGUUACGGAACCCACAUUUACUGCAAGUUUUGCCUCUAACCAGCUUGUUACAUAAAGGAGAGAAACUUGUCUACGCACGCGACGCCCAUGAUGUCCCACGGAAGGAGAUCCACAAGAUCCUCACACAUGCUGGUCUAAUUCCUAGGAAGACGUUUCCAUCACCAGUAGAAUACAGCCAUAGGUUCAACCAUAUACCAAUCUCCAUUCCCGAAAAAUGGAGCGAAGGGGAGUUUUCCGAUUCAUAUCUUAAUCAAGAAAUCUUGCAAUUUUUGUAGUUUAAAUAAGUUAAAGUGAACUCCGAAAAUAUUGUGAUUAUUUUUAUUGAUUUGCUUUUGUUUAUUUUUUACUUCGUAC